AAUGAUGAGCGAAAUCCAAGGCGAAACUCGAUGGUUGGUUCGUGCGUGGAUGUGCGCGUGUCGUCUCGGCUGGAAUGACCCCUCCCUCCAUUCUCGGCCUCGCUGAGUGACCCUCACGAUCUCUCUCUCUGUCUCGCUCUGUCUCUCUCUUCCUCUCUCCUUGCAAGCUCAUUCGCUCGCAAUUUCGCAUCACCACAUGACCAUUUCCUUCUUUGAACUUCCCUAAACAGCAACCCUUCUCUCGCUUCCUCUCGUCCCUCCGUUCUUCUUUUUCUUUGCCUUCUCUCUCUCUCUCUCUCUCUUCUUUCCUCUGUGUUUGCGUUCUUGGGUUCUCUUUAAUUGGUCUGCAUUUGCCUUUCUUGGAUUCUUUGACCCAAGUCCCUCUUUUCAUCUUUUCUUUUUCUUUUUUCUUCUCUCCUUUUGAGUUUUUAUUGGGGGCGUUCUUCAUCUUUCUUUUCUUCUCGUUCGCAAAAGCAAGGAUUUUGGUGGGUUCUCGUUGUGUUUUCCCUCAAUUACUUCAGAUCCUUUCCUUGUCUUUUCGAUUUGGUAAGUGAGCGGGGGUUGAUUGUAUCCUGUGUGCGUCAUUUGGACAUUUUUUCGUUCGUGUUUUGGAUGUGCUGUUGAUGUCUUUGGCCGUUGGAGUGGCUUCAAGUUCCAAGAACAUGGGAUUUGAUGAGAAGAGCAGCACGUCCAAGGAAAAUGCAGAGGUGAAGACACCUCCGAAUGAAGAGAACGAGGAUGAAUUGCAAGGAGAGAAGAUUCACAGGACCACGAGCGAGAGCUCGGUAUACGCCACCGAGGAGGAUGAAGAGGAGGACGUGAAGAAGAUUGACUUGGGUCCUCAGGUCACUCUCAAGGAACAGUUUGAAAAGGAUAAGGAUGAUGAAAGCUUGAGGAGGUGGAAGGAACAGCUUCUUGGAAGCGUGGACUUUGAUUCUGUCGGAGAAACACUGGAACCAGAUGUCAAGAUCGUGAGCCUUGCAAUAAUUUCUCCUGGUAGACCUGAUAUACUGCUGCCAAUUCCUGAGAAUGGAAAACCCAAAGGCUUGUGGUUUACUUUGAAAGAAGGCAGCCGUUAUAGCCUCAAGUUCACCUUCCAGGUCAGCAACAACAUCGUGUCGGGUCUCAAAUACAGCAACACAGUAUGGAAAACUGGUGUUAAAGUGGACAGCUCAAAAGAGAUGAUCGGAACUUUCAGUCCACAGCAGGAGCCCUACACGCAUGAAAUGCCUGAAGAUACGACACCGUCUGGCAUGUUUGCUAGAGGAUCGUAUACAGCCAAAAGUAAGUUUGUUGAUGAUGACAACAAGUGUUACCUCGAGAUCAACUACACUUUUGACAUCCGAAAAGACUGGAAUUCAACUUUGUGAAGUGCUCCCCAACUCUAUCAAGCAUGGCCCCGGUCUUACUUGCUUCGCAGGUUGAUAUAUCUGAUGUAUUACCAUUGCUGUGUAACUUAUCUUGAGUUUUGUCCUGGAUGGUCAUCUAGACAAUUCGAGAGAAGAUAUUUGUUCGAAAUUUUAUUGGCAUGAAGAAACUAGGAUUGAAGAAAGAAGCUGCUGUUCCUUAUGAGUAAUUUGGAAGUGGUGCAUCUGAGCGUUUUCUGUGUCUCUGUCUCUCGGUCUUAACGAGUACUGUGAUCAUAAGAACUAGUUGUCAAGAGCAAUGUAUGUUUUCGUCAUCUAUAUCUUUUGGUAUCUUUUGGCUGAAUCUGUGCGCAAGGAAGUGGUGAAGUAAAGGCCCUAUCAAGCUACUUGUAUUUGAUUCCUUCACAUUAAUGAAGUUGCUCAAAUUUGUUGGUGA